AUGGUUGUUGUCAUGAUGGGACGGAGAAUCGAUAUUGGAGGUAUGAAUAUGCAAAACCUUACUUAUAUAUUGUUGAAUUUCUUCGAAUCUACACUGGUUGACUGCAUUGAUUUGAGCAAUUUCAGCGGCAACAGAGGUACUCUGUCCAAAACAGUCAUUCCUGUGACCUCACUCAAGGGAGUUGGAGAUGAAAUUCUGGUGAGAGUACAAGGAGGCACCCAGGAAUAG